AUGUCUAUCCUCCUAGCGCUCUCAUGUCUGGCGUUGGCCGGUCCUGCCAUUGCAGCCUUCCCUGAUUGUACCACUGGGCCACUCGCGAACAAUACUGUCUGCGAUACCUCUGCCAGUCCUGUCGCCCGUGCAACGGCUUUGAUCGGCCUCUUCACACUAGAAGAGAAAAUAAAUAACACCGGGAAUACUAGCCCCGGUGUUCCUCGACUAGGGCUACCUGCAUACCAAUGGUGGCAGGAGGCUCUGCACGGUGUCGCCGAAUCACCUGGUGUUAUUUUUGCUGAAACUGGGGAGUACAGCUACGCGACGUCAUUCCCUCAGCCCAUCCUAAUGGGCGCCGCUUUUGACGAUGAACUGAUCAACCAAGUCGCAACAAUCGUCAGCACGGAGGCUCGUGCCUUCAACAACGCCAACCGCUCCGGGCUCGAUUUCUGGACGCCCAAUAUUAAUCCUUUCAAAGAUCCGCGAUGGGGCCGAGGCCAGGAGACCCCCGGAGAGGACCCAUUCCACCUGCAAUCAUACGUUUACAAUCUGAUUACAGGUCUGCAAGGCGGGUUGGACCCCGAGUACAAGCGCAUUGUUGCAACUUGCAAACACUACGCGGGUUACGAUCUUGAGAACUGGGAAGGCAAUGUUCGUUAUGGGUUUGACGCGCUUAUUUCGAUUCAAGACCUCUCCGAAUUCUACACUCGGUCCUUCGAGACAUGCGCUCGCGAUGCCAACGUCGGUGCCUUCAUGUGCUCCUACAACGCUGUCAACGGUGUUCCAUCAUGCGCUAACUCUUAUCUCCUGCAAGAUAUCCUCCGCGGCCACUGGAACUGGACAAGCGACGACCAAUGGAUCACCUCCGAUUGCGAUGCGAUCCAGAACAUCUACGAGCCGCACUAUUACGCACCGACACGCGAGCUGACUGUCGCGGAUGCUUUGAACGCUGGUGCGGAUCUUGACUGUGGAACAUAUUACCCUGAAAACCUCGGGGCAGCAUAUGAUGAGGGUCUCUUUGCGGAGUCUACCCUAGACCGCGCGCUCAUCCGACAAUACGCGUCGUUGGUCAAGCUUGGGUAUUUCGAUCCCGCCGAAAAUCAGCCAUAUCGUCAGAUCGGUUGGGCCAACGUGAGCACCCCCGAAGCAGAAGAGCUAGCAUACCGGGCCGCCGUUGAGGGCAUCACGCUCAUUAAGAACGAUGGCACGCUUCCGCUUUCCCCGUCGAUCAAAUCUCUUGCCCUCAUCGGUCCAUGGGCAAAUGCCACGACCCAGAUGCAGGGUAACUACUAUGGCCAGCCUCCUUACCUGAUCAGCCCUUUAAUGGCGGCCGAAGCGCUCAACUACACUGUCUAUUACUCUCCUGGACCCGGUGUAGACGAUCCGACUACGAGCUCCUUCCCUGCAGCAUUCGCUGCGGCUCAGGCUGCAGACGCUAUCAUCUACAUCGGUGGCAUUGACACAACCGUCGAGGCUGAAGCCAUGGACCGCUACACCCUCGACUGGCCCGGCGUCCAGCCCGAUUUCAUCGACCAGCUGUCCCAGUUUGGAAAGCCGCUCGUCGUGCUGCAGAUGGGUGGUGGUCAGGUCGACGACUCGUGCUUGCUGCCCAACACCAACGUGAAUGCCCUCAUCUGGGGUGGUUAUCCUGGCCAAAGCGGCGGCACGGCGCUCAUGGACAUCAUCGUCGGAAACGCCGCGCCUGCGGGCCGUCUUCCCACCACGCAGUAUCCCCUUGAUUACGUCUACCAGGUCGCAAUGACAGACAUGUCCCUGCGUCCAAGCGCGACAAACCCCGGACGCACGUACAUGUGGUACACGGGCACCCCGAUUGUCGAGUUCGGGUUCGGCCUGCAUUAUACCAACUUCUCUGCGGAGUUGUCCCAGCCUUCGGCCCCAUCGUAUGAUAUCGCCUCGCUGGUUGGCGCGUGCGAGGGCGUCGCACACCUCGAUCUCUGCGCGUUCGAGUCGUACACAGUGAACGUGACGAACAUCGGCAGCAAGGUCACCUCGGACUACGUUGCGCUGCUCUUCGUCGCGGGCGAGCACGGACCCGCGCCCAUUCCGAAUAAAGUGUUGGCGGCAUACGACCGCCUUCACACUAUUGCCCCUUUGUCGAGUCAGCAGGCGACGCUGAACUUGACCCUCGGCUCGCUGUCGCGCGUCGACGAGUAUGGAAACAGGGUCUUGUAUCCAGGAGAGUAUACACUCAUCUUGGAUGUCCUUCCGCAGGCUACCGUUAGUUUCACGCUGACAGGAGAGGAAGCAUACCUCGAUUACUGGCCGCAGCCGCCGGCGUGA